AUGGAAUACGGACACUUGUAUCUAUUGCUGCUAAUUUUAGCUUGCUUCAUAUUCAACCGAUAUUUGAUUCCUAAUUUAAGGAAUCUACCGCCAACUCCAUUAUCGGCCAUGACAGUAAUAGGCUACCUUUUCUUCUUCAAGCAGCCCAUCCACCGAACCCUCUCCCAAAUCGCCACCCGCCAUGGUCCCAUUUUGCUCCUCCGUUUUGGUUUCCGACGAGUCCUUCUUAUCUCCUCCUCCUCGGCUGCGGAGGAUCUCUUCACCAAAAACGACGCCGUCUUUGCCCACCGACCUAAGUUGUUGGCGGGGAAGCAAUUUGGACACAACUACACCAACCUUGCUUGGGCACCUCGAGGUGCCCUCUGGCGUCACCUCCGCCGUGUCUCCUGCCUUGAGAUCCUCCCAUUCCAUCGUCUCACGGACCACCAUGACUCACUUGCAGACGAGGUGAAGCUGUUGCUUGGCCGUCUUUUCCAUUCUGACAACGAAAUAGUAGAGUUAAAACCCGUGUUUCUGGAGCUUGUGGUUGAUGUGAUGAUAAGGAUGUUCACAGGAAAAAGGUUUUCUUCAAAAUUGACAGCAAGGAUGAAUGCGAUGGAGUCAAUUUCGUUUUUGGACUAUGUGACCAGUUCAUUCAGGAUGACAACAGCAGAGCCAGAUUUGGGGUAUUUUAUGCCAAUAUUGAAGUUGCUGGGACUGAGAGGGUUGGAACAUAGGAUGAAGGAGUUGCAGCAAAAGGGAGAUUUGCUUAUGGACAACUUAAUUGGAGAGCUAAGAACAAAGAUGCUUGAAUUUUCUGAUGGAUCAGGUGAUCAGAGAGAAGAGAAAGUGAUUGAGUUCUUAUUGGCUAGACAAAAAGACGAUCCUAAGGGUUACCAUGAUGAAAUUAUUAGAGGACUGUUGCUCGUGUUAAUGGCAUCAGGUACUGACACAUCUGCCGGAAUCAUGGAGUGGGCAUUUUCUCUUCUAUUGAACCAUCCAGAAGUUCUACAAAAAGCACAGAAUGAGAUCAAGAAUUAUGUGGGCAGUGAUCGUUUCCUAGAGCAGUCAGACAUAGACCAUUUGCCUUAUCUAAAUUGCAUUGUUAAGGAGACAAUGCGAAUGUACCCGGUUGCCCCUUUGCUAGUCCCUCAUGAGUCGUCAAAGGAAUGUACAAUCGGAGGGUACAACAUUCCAAAAGGCACCAUGUUAAUGGUGAACGUUUGGGCUAUUCAGAACGACCCCAAUAUAUGGAUAGAACCCGCAAAGUUCAAACCAGAAAGAUUCGAAAAGGUUGUAGGCGAAAGAGAUGGAUUUAAGCUAAUGCCCUUCGGAUAUGGAAGGAGAAGUUGUCCUGGUAAGCACAUGGCAAUGCGUGUGAUCAGUUUGGCAUUGGGCUCACUUAUUCAUUGCUUCGACUGGGAAAGAGUUGGUGAGAAGAUGGUUGACUUGACCGAAGAAACCGGACUUGCCUUGCUCAAGGCACAGCCAUUGAUGGCUGUGUGUCGCUCAUGUUCCGCGAUGAAGGAUCUACUUUCUGAAAUUUGA